AUAAUCGUAUUUGAUUUUCAAAAAUGACCAUAUUACUUGAGAAGUUUUGUUUAUAUUUGUCUUUAAAUUAAUUUUAAAAAUAACUAAAAUAGGUGAUACAAGUUUAGCUAAUUAAAUGGUAACUGUGAUGUGCAUAUCUAAUUUAGAAGACAAGAAAUAUUUUGUUCGGUGACAUAACCUUAUAAAAGGUAAGGAAGUAUAUGUUUCUUUAAUCUAUGGUUUUGAUUAUUCUGACCUUCGAGCUUCAUAAAUCCAUACAGCCAAAGGCUGAAAUAUACAGGGUGUUUUUUUGAAGCAAAAAUAUUUGUUCUAGAAAAUUGUCAGAAAUUUAAAAAUACCUAAAGUAUUAAGGAGUAUGUCUGACGAUUUAUUAAAAAAAAUAACCAAAAUCGAAGAACAAAUAAAGUCAAUACAAAAAGAACAAGCCAAACUUAAUGAAAAAUUGAGAAUAUUGAAUACGGAACGCGAUGAACUUAAAUCAAAAUAUAAUUUGGAGAAAACAAAAAAGGAAUCUGAAAAAGAUUGGAGUGGAAAUUUCCCAUGGACCGAAAAGGUUUUUGAAAUAUUGAAAAACAUAUUUAAACUGAAGGAAUUUAGGUCGAAACAACUGUCAGCAAUAAACGCUACACUAUCAAAAAAAGACGUUCUAUUAUUGAUGCCCACGGGAGGUGGAAAAAGCUUAUGUUACCAGCUUCCUAGUUUAGUUGAGAGAGGAACCAGUCUUGUUAUAUCACCUUUAAUAUCUCUAAUAGAAGAUCAAAUAAUAAACUUAAAGAAACUUGGAGUCUCAGCAGAAACCAUUAAUUCUUCCACUUCAAAAGAAUCAAAGAAAAAUAUUUACCAGUAUAUGGCGAAAAAUCAGGGGACUGUCAUAAAACUGAUUUUCGUUACACCAGAAUGGCUCGCCAAAAGCAAAAUGUUUAUGUCCAAUUUGCAGAAAUGUUAUGCCUUAGGAAAUUUAAAUAGGAUUGUAAUUGAUGAAGUUCAUUGCUGUUCUCAGUGGGGACAUGAUUUCCGGCCCGAUUAUAAAUAUUUAGGACUAUUAAAAGGAAUGUUUUCUGAUGUCCCCAUUCUGGGACUCACGGCAACUGCCACAAUGUCCGUUAUUUUAGAUAUUCAAGAAAUGUUGGAUAUAAGUGGGUGUACGGUAUUAAGAGCACCGUUCUUCAGACCUAAUCUCUUUUAUGAGGUUUUGCCAAAACCCUCCGAUGCAGCCGCUUGUUUAGACUAUUUGGAAAAACUGAUGACAACUAAUUUUAAAGAACAGUCUGGUAUCAUAUACGCACUCUCUAUAAAAGACACCGAAGAACUUUCUAAAGGUUUACGAGAAAGAGGUCUGAAAGUUCAUUACUACCAUGCUAAUUUGGAACCCGAAGCUAGAAGUGCUAUUCAUGAAAGAUGGCUUCGCAAUAAAUACCAAGCGGUAAUAGCCACGGUAGCUUUUGGAAUGGGAAUAGAUAAGCCUGACGUUCGUUUUGUGAUACAUCACUCUCUUCCAAAAAGUUUAGAAGGUUUCUAUCAAGAAAGUGGUAGAGCGGGACGAGAUGGUAAACCAGCAAGAUGUAUCGUACUGUACAAGUUAUCCGAUUACUUCCGGGUUAGUUCUUUAGUGGGAUCGAAAGUAGAAGAAAAUAAAGUGAAAGCUUCUCUGGAAUACUGUUUGGCCCAAAACACGUGUCGCCACAAACAAAUAGCAUCACAUUUCGAAGACGGUUUCGAAACAGUUCGCUGCGAAAAAAUGUGUGAUCAUUGUAAAAAUCCCCGAAAAUGUCUAGAGGUGGAUGUUACAAGUGUUUGGAAAGAUAUUUAUACAAUUAUGGAAAAUGCCGAAUCGAACGGUGUAAAUUUGACUUUGCUCAAGUUAAUAGAUGCUUGGUAUUCUACUGGAGCAAAAGAGCUAAGGGUGGAUACUGUUAAAAAACCUCGAAUGGACAGAAUAACUGCUGAAUAUUUAGUCGCGAAUUUUCUACAAAAAGGACUCUUAAAAGAAGAAAAGAAUUACACUGCUUAUUCGGUCAAUGUUUACUUAAAGAUCAACCGAAAGAGUGAUGCUAUGAAAAAUAGAAUAUUAGUAACAUUUAAGGAAGAUGCUAUCCCUAAAGGUUUAUUACCCUUCAACAAGGAUAGCGAAGAGCCACCUCCGAAACGUAUGAAGACAUAAAAUGGUCCCUGAUUUAGUUAAGACAUGAAAACCACUCUCAAUCUAAUUCUAAGGUUGAAAGUACAAACAGUGAUUUUUUUUUAUUAAAACCUGUACACAAAAGGUUUUUUAUCGUAA